GGAACACUGAUUGUGUUCCCAACCUUCAGACUGCUUCAGACAGUUUGAUAAUUUGUGACAGCUGCAAGCAAAAUUUAUGUGUAAUCAAUUUAUAUAGGUUAUUUUUUCAUUUUGACAGAAGACUUCGCAACUUGUUUUUUUAUGGUGAAGGAAGAAAUCAGUGGAUGUCUUCAAUAUCGUUUAUUUACACUUGUAAAAUUCCGAAAUAAUGAGAUAAAAUCAACUUUGCAUACCGAUUAGGUAUUUCAAUUGAGAUGGGUGAAAAAUCGAAGCUUCUUGAUGGCGAAACAAAUUUUACUGAAAGAUAUGAUGGUGCUGAUUUUAUUGCAAAACAAGAUGUUCAAUUAAGUAAAGGAAGAAAAAUGGAGGAUGGUGCUUUGCAAGUUCAAAAUAAUUAUCAUGCAAGUAACAUGUUCAGAAGUAAAAGUGACUCAGCGUUAUCAAGGAAAAACAGUGGAAAAUUAGUGAAAGAUAAGAUUAUCUUAUUGAAUAGUUUUGGUGCUGACAAGUUUAUUCACGUUCCUGAUACAAAACUUCAAACAUGCCAGUUAUCUAGUAGUGAAAGCUGCCUUUCAUAUGAUGAUAAAAUUACAAAUGAUGUACAUACGUAUAAAAAUAUGACACCAUGUAUCGAUGAAAAAGAGACACUAUUUAAUCAGUCGAGCAAAAUGAAAAUUCCUUUAUCAAGUUUACAGUGUUCCAUAAACAAAGAAAUGAUUAAAACAUGCCAAAAUAAUCUGCCAGAAGAUAAACACGAUAACAUUAAUUUUAAAGAACAGAUUGGAGAAAAUAGUCUACCAAAAGUGGAACAAUCUUAUCAAGAAAUAAUGAAUUCACAAUUACAGAUAAAUGAUAAAACUUUGAUUGAGAAAAAACAAGAUGAGGAAGAUUUAUCUAAAAAGCAUGGAACAAAUUCAACUCUGACAUUAAAUACUCAGAUGCGAAAUAAUUUAAUAUCUCGACCGUCACUAGCUGAUGAUAGUAAACUUGUAAAAAUGUCUUUUCUAGCGAAUCCGAUAAAUAUAAUGCAGUCAAAUGUUCAGCUUUUAAACAAAAGUCGUAAUUUUUUAAAUUUUAUCACGGAAAAGUCGACAAAUAUUAUGGAGAAAGCAUUACUACCACAGCAUUUAGCAAUGAAAUAUAAUCAUAUAUCAAAAUCUAUCGAAGCUGAUGCCAUGAGAUUUUACACUAAUAAAGAAUCUUCCUCGAGAGAUGUAAUAUCUAGCUCAGAUUUAACAAAUCCGAACAAUAUUCUGAAUGUAACGAGUUGCACUGCGAAACAAAGGCAUGACAGCGGUGAAAAUAAGUCGGAUAGUGUAGUAAAUAGUGAAAAUGAAAUAAGCCCAUCUGUACAUCUAAAAGACGGUAAAAUGUGCGAAGAUUUUAAGAAGUGUGAGGAACAAUUGUUACAUAGUAACAUUUUUGAAAAUGAAAUAGAGAAGACUGAUGAGAAGUAUAUUUUUCAAAAGAAUGACGUAGAUAGAUUAAAUUACGAUAUUAUCAAUGAAGAAGAAAAUAAAACUCAAAGUGAUUUUCUGCGAACGGAAAAGUUGCACAAUGACACGUGUAAAGAAGAUUCAUCUGACACUUUGAUAGAUUCAAAUAUUUUAAAAUCUAACUCAUUAGAACAUCCCUUAUAUCUUGCGCUAUUGGAGGAUUAUACCAAUUUAAAAUUCAAGAAUUCGAACUUAUUAGAGAAAAUAGAAUAUUUAGAGAACUCAAGUCAGUCGGGCAAAUUAUUUCAAGAAACUCAAACAAAUACAGAUGCAUUUGCCUUACAAGUGAAGAACUUAGAAAAAACUAUAAGUAAAUUAACAGCUGAUUUGAACGCGUCACUAGACACACAAGAAGCUUUAAAGCAGGAAUGUAGCACAGUUAACAAAGAGAAGGAAAACAUGGUUAUGAAAUAUGUAAUUAGCGAAAAACAGUUGAUUGAUAUGCAAAGGUCGAGAGAUUGCGCGGAACGUAAAGUCAAGGAAGUUCUAAAGGAUCAAGAAUUGUUACAAAACAAAUUGCGCCAAUCGCAAGGUGAACGUACAAGAAUAUGUAACAUCCUGGAUGGAAAAUGCCGUGAAAUAGUUGAUCUACAAAAGGAAACGGAGAGAUUAAAAGAGGAUAUCAAAUUGAAAGAAAUCAAACUAAAGUGGUCGGAAACUAAAAUUAAAUCUGAAAAGGAAUUGCAAAAGGACACUCAGCAGGAAUUAAAUAAAGCUAAUAUGGAAAAAAAUAAUAUGAAAGAAGAAUGCGAACAUAUACGCCGUGAAACGCAAGAAUCAAUUCGCAAAUUUCAGCAAUCCGAAGAGAACAGAGCUGUAACAUUAGAUCAACAGCUAAAAGAGCAUCAGGCACGUUUGAUCUUAGAAAGACAUGUUACAAAAGAUAAAGAAACAUUAAGGCUUCAGUUGCAAAAAGAAUUAGAAACGCUGAAAUCUAAACAACAAAACUUAACCGAAGAAAACAAGAAACUUAAUCUGAUGGUUCAAGAGUUUGAGAAAGCUCGAUUGAACAAUGAAAGUAAUUUAAGUAAUUUACAAACUAUUGCGAAUCAGCGUCAGGAACAAAUCACUGAAUUAUUAAACAAGGUUUCGCAGUUAGAAACAUUACAACUCCAAUUGCAACACAAAGAGGAGCACAUAACAUCGGUCGAAGCUCAAAUAUUGCAAUUACGAUCGGCUAACGAAGAAUUACGAUCCGACAUGCAAGCAUGUCGUCAGAAGGAAGCGGAUAUGUUGGAUUUUACGCAAAAGCUAACGGAUAAAAACGUACGUCUUCAAUCCGAAUUUACUGCAAUUCAAACGAAAGCGAAUCAUCUUGAAUCUCAAUACGGCCCGCUACGUGAAUGUAUUAAUGAAUUAACUAGUAAAGUGAAAAGCUUGGAAGAGAACUUGACGCAAGAACGAAAGAAGAGAAGAGAGGAGUGUGAGAUUUUAGCUAAACAUGUCGCUGAACAAACUCAACUUGCGCAGAAUUUGUCUCAAAAAUUAGAGGAUAGUCAGGGUGAAAAUGCAGUACUAAAGAGAAAGCACCAAAUUUCUAUAAAGGAAAUGACACGAGAGUUGCAACAGUGUCGUAGAAAAUUAGAAAUGUACGAAGCGGCAUCUCCUAGUAAUUCACUGGAUAUUACGUCCAGAACUGGAUCUAAUACUUCUUUAAAUGCAGGCGAUACGCUGAAUGGUGCCUUAUCGGAUAACAACGCUAACGACGAUCAUAUUCACUCUUUAGAACCUAGUAAACAAGUGCUAAUGGAUCGCAUUAUAAAAUUGCAAAAGAUAAAUGUAAAAAGGGCUGAAAAAUUAGAUUUUUUAGACGAACAUACACAAACAUUGGUUGAAGAGCUACAGAAGAAAACAAAAAUAAUACAAAACUAUAUUCUAAAUCAAAACUUUGGGGCCCUAACGUGUAACGAGCGAGAUAGACAUAAGCAUAUCAAAAGCAGAAGGGAUACAGCGGAAUUGGCACGGCACGGAGGCAUAAUGGCAUCUGUUUAUAAUCAUCGGGUUUCGGAUGAGAAUAUGACUCUAGAACUUUCUUUAGAAAUAAACCAAAAGUUACAAGCGGUUCUUGAAGACGCGUUAUUGAAAAACAUCACUCUAAAGGACAAUAUCGAUACAUUAGGUAAUGAAAUAGCAAAAUUAACAAUGCAACAUCAGCAAAACAAAUUGAAAACUAGUGAUUAGUUGUUAUAUAUGUAAGUACAUAUAUAUAUACACAUAAGUAUUAUAUAUUAUACACUGGUGCAAAUGUUAGCAGUAUUCCAUUUAUUGUUAUUUUAACCUAAGUUUAUAGCGGACAAGAUUUUUUUAUUUGUUGUCGUUAUAUAGUUCGGUAAUGUAUACACACAAUAUGUAAAUAUUACUUCGUCUAUUCUUCUUAGAUUUAAUGUUUCAUGUAUUCGGGAUUUGUAACAUAAGAAUACAAAAAUAAUAUAUCGAUGAAUAAAUCUGUAUUAUAUUC